AUGGAUCAACGGGCUCAGAAGUCAGAUCCUAAUCAUCCUGACAACGAAAUGAUUGCCACUGUGCAUAAUGUCAAUACAGGCACGCCCUCUCCUGUCAUGGAGAGCGGGCUGCAGCGACUAAGACAUCUAACGUGGGCGUGGUUCACCUUCCCGAUGGCCACGGGGGGACUAUCAUUGCUGCUCUCACCGAAGAACCAACCACACACAUUCCCCGGUCUCGAAACCAUCGGCAAAAUUGUCUACAUCUGGGACUUAUGCGUCUUUACCCUCACGGUCACCGGUAUCACGUACCGCUUCGUCAAGUGGCCGCGCGUCCUGAGAUCCAGCCUCGUGCACCCGACAGAAUCGUUGUUCUUCGGCACCGCGUUCCUCUCCCUGGCCGGCAUCAUCAUCGGCAUAGCUCAAUACGGAAUACCUAACUGCGGCGACUGGCUCAUCGUCGUCUAUCGCGUUCUCUUCUGGAUUUACUCCGCCGCGACCCUCGUCGUCGCGGUCGGUGCAUAUUGUAUGCUGUUCACGAAUCCGAGGCUGAAGAUCCAGGACAUGACUCCCGCCUGGGACUUGCCGAUUUUCCCCUUUAUGCUCAGCGGGACCAUCGCCAGUUCGGGCAUCGAGUAUCAGCCCCACGAGUUCGCGAUGCCCAUGCUCUUCGCCGGUCUGACGGCUCAGGGCCUGGGCAUGCUGGUCUCGUCCUUCAUGUACGCCAGCUACACGCGCCGCAUGAUCAACUAUGGAUUCCCCUCGCCCGAGUCACGGCCCGGUAUGUUCAUUGCUGUUGGCCCACCGAGUUUCACCGCGCUGGCCAUCAUCGGUCUUGCGGACCAUUGGCCCAGUGGCUACGAGUACUUCGGCCCCGACGCCGUGACGGCGCAAGUGGUCAAGAUCCUCGCGUUGAUGAUGGCCGUUUUCAUUUGGAGUUUAUCGCUAUGGUUCUUUGCCAUCAGCGUCGUCAGCUGUCUGGCGGUCUACAAGACGUUCCAGUUCCGUUUGAACUGGUGGGCUUUUGUCUUUCCCAAUGUCGGUUUCACGCUCGCCACGAUCAAUAUCGGCAAGAGCUUACGGAGCGAGGCCAUCAAGUGGAUCGGGUCGGUCAUGACCAUUGGCCUCGUGGUGGUAUACUUCUUUGUGCUGUUCAAUCAUGCGCGCGCUGUGUGGAGGAAAGAUGUCCUCUAUUAUGGUAAGGAUGAGGAUAAUUACAAGAAAGAAAAGAUGGGAAAGAUGGAGGCGAGGGACGAGGAUCUGGAGAACUGUAAGUGCGUGGGAAAGGGAGAAUAG